AGUUGUGAUUUUAAUCUAAAUCUCUAUUGUAAAGUUCUAAUCACUUGUAAUAUUGUAAUAAUUUUUCUACCCUUGUUUUUAUGAAAAUCCAAUGUUAUAAAGCUGAAGUUUAUUUUCUAUAGAGUUUUAAACAUUGACUUAUUGAUCGUGUUGUGGAGUCAUGAAAUAUGACUUCGAUUGUGGCAAAAUCUUUAUUAGCGAUCCUUUUAAUUGUACCGACUGUUACUUCAAGAAUACACAAACUGCCUCUUACGGAUGAUGAACGACACUAUGUAGACCUCACAACAUUUGGAUUCUUUCAGGGGGGUAUUCUAGAAGUACAUAUGAUAAAUUUCAUGUUACCUUCCGGGCCAGUUGGCGAGUAUGGCUUUACCCUGGAUCGAACAGUAAAUGAUGCAAUCAAUCCAUAUUUGGAAGUGCACUCAGACACAUGUAUACUAAAAGGAGUGGAGAAGAGUAGCACACUCCUUUCACCACAUCACCCUGCUAUUGUUUUCUUGAAAAUGGAUUUUAAAAAUUUAAGAUUAAACAUAACUUGUGAGGGUGAAGUAACAGCACUUCAUUUGUACCAAAACCGUUCAAUGAUUCCAAUAGACAGGACUAAGAGGCAGUCACAAUAUAUGUUUGUGAACAGACGUAGACGAUCGCUUGAUGUCGAUGCAGAAGAUACAUUGGGUCCACAAUGCUCCUACGCUGUCCUUCCUAUCACGAAAGAAACCCGUAAUGGAUUUGACUAUUAUAAUACAAGUUUUGCGAUGUACGUGGCAUCGGAGAAAGAGGAGGGUCUCUAUAACCUUUAUUUCCACAAUUGUCCCCUCGAGAACGCCGAGAACCCGCCGCCCAUCAAUGUUAUGAUCGAAAUAUAUGAGAGCAACGAUGGAAAUUUCCUGUCAGCCGGAGAGAUGCCGCUCCCCGCCUUAUACAGUAUGAUGUCUCUAAUAUUCUUCUUGAGCGCCGGUUUCUGGACGUUCAUCUUGAAGACCAGUAGACACAAAGUGUACAGAAUACACAUUAUUAUGUGUGUGUUGGUGUACUUGAAGGCAAUGUCCUUGGCCUUUCACGGAAUCAACUUCCAUUUUAUUCAGACAAGGGGAGAACAUGUGACCGCUUGGGCCAUACUCUACUAUAUCACACAUUUACUGAAAGGAGCGGUGUUGUUCGUGACUAUAGUACUCGUGGGAACUGGUUGGAACUUCAUAAAGCACAUCCUGGCUGACCGCGAUAAAAAGAUCUUCAUGAUUGUUAUUCCUCUACAGGUGGUUGCCAAUGUGGCGGAGAUAAUAAUAGCGGAGAGUGAAGAGGGCGCCGCGGAACACAACGCUUGGAGGAUACUCUUCAUAUUCGUGGACAUGCUCUGUUGCGGCGCCAUCAUGUUCCCUGUUGUUUGGUCGAUACACCACCUAGAGGACUCGUCGACCACAGACGGCAAGGCGGCUGUCAACCUGCGGAAACUGAAGCUGUUCCGACACUUCUACGUGAUGAUCCUCUGUUACAUAUACUUCACUAGGAUCAUUAUAACGAUAUUAGAGAAUACGGUGCCGUUCCAAUACUCGUGGAUAGACGAGAUGUUCCGCGAGAUGGCUACCUUCGUAUUUUUCGUGAUGACGGGCUAUAAGUUCCGUCCAGCCGCUGCCAACCCUUACUUUACACCUACACAUGGAGACGACAUCGAGCCUAAAGUGUUGUCAGACAUCGGCGUUCUCGACGGUGUGACCAAUAGGGAAAAGAAGAGAGAGGACUUGCAACCGCUCAUGCAGGAGACAAAUUCCGAUUAAAUUGUAAUAUUUUGUACCAUAGUAUCGUAACUUGCUAUAGCUUCUUAGUCUGACUCACUUAAGUCGAAUUUAGAUUUUUGGACUAUAAAUCUAACACUCGUACUGUCACGAAAGUAUUAUCACAUCACGAAAAUAUUAAAAUUGUUCGUCAAGUACAAAACAGACUAUUACCUAUCGCUUGUACAAUAUCUCUAUUGUGUCACUACAAUCGGUUCAUAGCAUACUAUCAAGCAAUUGCUGUACUUUACAAUCUUACUGGACUUAUAAAAUGAGGGUUCGUACAAUUAUCCAUUAAGCAACUUUUAUAAGCUUGACUUUCGAGUGUCAGACUAUAGUUAUAAACUUUAAUUUAGCUUAAGGUAAUCUUUUAAAUCUGUUCUUUAUAUAUUAUAUGUAUUCCAACGGUAAUUUUGAUAUACUUUCCUUUCGGGGUCAAUGUAGACCCCUGUGUUGUCACAUCAGUAUUCUAUUUUAUUUUUCAAGCCAUACAAUGCAAUAAUUAUUUAAUUACCACUAAAUCAUAGAUCGUACAUUAACAAAAUUUAGUUGAUUAAAGCUUCAACGUUGUAAAAUCAUCGUCGCUUUUCAUUUAACUUAUGAUAUGGCUGAAGCGAAACUGAUAAGCCAUUGUUCGGGUGAGUGACAUGUGAUGGAUUUACAUAUUUGUAGCAUAGAGUAAUAGUUUGUUUUUUGAGGCAAAAGAUGCGACAACUUAAUAAUUGGUCUGGUUCAUACAAGGUCGGGGUCAAAGCGUGAGUCUACUAAAACAUAUCAAUAAGACAAACUUAUACCAUUCAAGCUGGCCUGGCGAACUUAGUACUUUUUUUUUUGUGAAAAUAAUAAUUAUUUGUAUCGAAAUAAAAUGUAGCCUAUCUUUCAAGUUGGAUCAAACUGCACACGGUGUAUAAAUUUGAUUAAAGUUGGUUAUGUAGUUAAGGAGACCGCGGACAAACAACGUGACGAGUAUCUGCCUGUAUUGUAUAUUAAGAAGAUAUGUAUUUAUUCUGUUUCGAUUAUGAAAGAAACCGAUGAGAUUCUAUUAUAUAAAACGCAUGCGGUUUUAAUUAACAGGCUUAUACCAAAUGUGUUAUUUUUUUUAUCAGCUUUCUAUUACUGCAUGUACUUAUAUAUGACCUGUGUUUCGCAUGUACCAUUCAAUAUCCGGAGGUAGCCUUCAAAAAUAGUCAAGUACAUUAUUUUUUUCCACAAUUUAACCUACAACAACACUUGAAAAUAAACUUGAUUGUGAUAUG